ACCACUGAAGUGUAAACUGACCUAAAACACUAAUAGGAAAGAUGUUCUAAAUCACUAAAAUCUGCCAUGAUUUAAAACUGUUUGCUGUUUAAAAAGAGGACGCCUGGGUAUGGAGCACUUAACCCCUCUAUAUAACAGUAAUACAUGUGAUAAAACUCAAACUUCCCGUCAUAAUGAACUAUGAGUCAGUGACUCAAGUGCCUUUUAUGCCCAUAGAUUCAUAAACCAGCUCCACACCCACCAAACCAACCAAAGCGAAGGGCGAUUCAUGAGCUGGACGUUCACUUGGGUCUCUCCUCAAGAAGUUAAAAAAGAAAUAACAUGCAGAAAAACAUCAUUUCGCAGUUUGUUAUGGACGUUAUCGAGCUAGAGUCGUUUGUAAACAGCCCUCCUCAUGGAUUCACUGCCGAGCGUCGCGCGGGCUGCACACUCGUGAAGUGGGAUCAGGAGAAGAGCUGCGUGUUCAUCGAUGAAAUCCAGUCUAGCAAGGGAAAAGUGAUUUUCUGUAAUUCUCCAGGAAGGAAAAUCACAGUACGUACUUUAGGAGAGUGCACAGAUUUGAGACGACAGCUAACCUCAAAGACAAUAUACUUACUUGUGUCUGCAUGCAGCAAUACUAAGGUCGAAGAAAAGACAAAAAGAGAAGUUCCAGCUCUCGGAUAUUAUGUGGUGGCGAUCAAUGGCAGUCAUCCAAUGAUCAAAUGGGAGAUAGAGAGAGGUUUAGACCUGACUAUUUCAUCUGUUGCUGGAGAGAGCUAUACAGUUGAUGUUGAUGUUAGUGCUGCACUACAGGGAUGGGUUGGUGAGAACUUUCACAUCAUUGUUGAUGCAGAAAAGGUGAAACCCGUUUGGAAAGACACGCAUUUCACCAUCAAGUACCGUUCUGACGCCCUUUUUGACUUUCCCUACAGGUUUGGCUUCAGCAAACGACACUUCAAGGUUUGUUUUAAUAAUUCAGCAGGCCUCUCUGAUGGGUGUAUAGUGUUGAGAGUAUGACUGGAAAUUUGAUUUUGCAGAUCUCUUAUCAUGGGAGAUGAGGUCAACACCCAAAAUGUUGUUGUGAGAGCAAAUAUCUACUGAGAACUUCAGUCUGUGGAAUUGAAACCCACAGAUAAGGAGACUAUGAACUCAUUAAAGCGACUGUUUUACUGUAAAUAAAACUUUAUUUUGCUCAUGUUAGUAAUAAUACAUAAGAUCAUAAAGAAAUGGAGAUCACUGGAAUUUAAUCUUAAUUUUAAUUCUGUUGAAGCAGAAAGGUCAAUUUCAUAAAUCCUCACAAACUCAUGGUAGUUACAGUACUUUUUAAAAAUGGGUUACUUUAUGCAAAAGUGCCCAAACAGUAAGUACAUUCAUUGCUUUAAAUGGGUCAUAUCAGGAGGCAACAUCCUUUUAGGAUAAUUGUCUGGGUGAAAACAAUCUGGUUAAUUCUGCAACUUUCUGAUGUCACACAGAGUAAAACGUCGCAUUACCCUCUAAGUUCACACAUUUCUUGUGCUGUUUCUGGCUGUGUGUAGCACCAACUGCUCUGCACAUACUUCCAGAUUAUUGUUAGAGACUUGUGCAUAGGACCCUGAUAAUUUCAGUCUAAUCUUGACACAUUGAAGCAUUGAUUAUUUUAUAAUCCUGUUAUGUAAUGAAGACGUUGCAAAGAGGCUGUUAAUUAUGCUGAAAUAUAUUUCACACAACAGGAAAGCUGCAAUCCUGUGCAUGAGCAGAUUGUGCUAUUUAAAGACACAGUAACAGAAACUGACCAAUUCAGAGAGAGAGAGAGGUGUGAAAAUGGUCAUGAAAAACUAAACUAACCUUGUAAGUUGACCUCAGGGGGAAAAAACUAAACCAUUAUAUGACCCCUUUAAAACAUUUCAUCAAAUACCUUAUCCUGGGAUAGUACUAGUCAAAGUUUGUGUUGAUUUGUAAAUGUUUAUAAUAUGUAUAUAACAUUUUGCAAUUAAAUGCUUUUGUGACUAUCAA